AUGUCAGCUGGUUCUCGCUGCACAUUUCCAAAUCGACAAUUCCAGUAUUACGCUGACACCAUGCUCGACUUCAAGUAUAAGCUAGGCUCGCCGACAUCUUCAUUAGGAUCAGACUCAGACUCAGCUGUUAUCACCGGACCACACCGUGCAAGUAUUUUGAAUGCAGAAUUGGGUGGAUGGAUGGAUUUUGGUGACAUAGAAAACGUCGCUGGAUUCUUGUGGCGAUUGCUGGAUGAAGGACUUCAUCUGAAGGAAAAAACAGUUCUUCGACAAGGUGUACCCAAUUAUCUGCACAAGCAUUGUCCAAACGGAUGGUUGACACUGGACGCAGACUUUAGGCAGGAGUUUCAGAUGUAUCCCAUCUUUCUUGAUAUAUUCCGCUCUAUCAAGAAGGAUUUCCAGGAUAUCAUACCAGGGAAGAUCAAGGGUACAGCAAAGAACGUGUACAAUGUGAAGCAACGUCACUCCGUGUCAAAAUUAGCUACCAGCCCAGAUUUUGUGAUUUAUGGAUACGAUAGAAGUGGCGGAUGGUACUCUGACUUGGUCAAUUUCCACACCCAUCACCAUCUCCUCAUUCUCGUGAUUCUCAUUCUCCUAUGGUCUGAUGAAGUAUUUAGAGAUUCUGAUAUCAUGUUCUAUCCAACAGCACACAUCCCUCCAAAGAUCGAGGCCACAAUUACAUUGCGGGAUUUCAAUAUUAUUCCUCAGGUUGUGGAGGUUGUCGACCAGAAAGUGCAGACCACAAAAGAUGACAUCGUCAUGAACGCGACGCGCUACACUCGUUGCCGUACAAUUCAAUCGUGUGAGACGACCUGCUGGUUCGAGAUUGUCAGAGAUAGUUGCUUUACGUGCAUCUUGAAGGAUUACUGGCAUGCAGUUAAUCGAUCCUCAGAGGCACAGACAUUGUCAUGUGCCUUGGAUCUCAAUGGAGUAGGCCAAUUGGUGGCGUUCAAGGAAGGAGAGAGGCAUUUCACGACUGCAUCUGUGCGGCAGUACAAUAUGGAGAAAAUCAUUGAUUUGGACCUGGCGGCCGACGUCGAGAAGCUGUGGAGUUUGGAUAAGGAUGGCGGAGCAACUGCAGGUGAUUUGCAAAUGGGCACGUGCACAUUCCAAUCAGUGAAAGUACUGUUUACUACUGAUGAUAACAUCUCUAUUUUUGACCUGCAUGAUCAUAUGGAUGAUCUGGAGUCAUUCUUCUAUGUGUUUGCAUAUUAUUGUGCCGUGCUGGAGAGGCCGACAAAGGAUGUGCAGCCAGUUGCUAUGUUACAGGUUGAAAAAUUCAAGAUUUGGGGUGAUAUCACCGAGCGCGCAGAACAGUGCACAGAUUCGAAGGUGUCAGCAUUGACCAAUCCAAGCUGGCUGUCAUUGUUCCAGUUGGGAAUAGAUGAAAAGCUCGCACAAGCAGCUUGCGACUAUGAAAGAUUCAUCCACAUCUUGAACGAGGCAAUUGAUUGGCUUGGAGACCCUCAGGACCUCCAAAGCAUUGUGGAAUCUGUUGAACCCGUUCUUUGCCUUGAAGAUGUCCCACCAUCUGACGACGUCAGCUCCUCCAUGACACACAUUGACCCUAUGAUGCACGUCGACCCUACGAUGCAUGUCAGCCCUACGAUGCACGUCAGCCCUAUAACACAUCUUCACCCACCACAACCAACAUGA